CAGCUGUCAGUCAGACCGUACGGAAGGCAGAAAGAAAAAAUCGUAGAAAGUUUGCAAACACCAAAAACCACGACGGUGAAAAUUUAGUGAAAAUCUCAAGGGAAAAACACACUUUUCCCCCCCAAACUCACACACUCCCAGCACCAUAAUAUGGCGGACGUGCUCGAUAUCUACAACCACGAGGAGUUCGAGGUGGACGAGGAUGGCGACCAGGGCAUCGCGCGGCUGAAGGAGAAGGCCCGCAAGCGCAAGGGACGCGGGUUCGGCAACGAAAGCAUUCCCCGCGAAACGAUCGACUACGAGCGGCUGCAGGACGACGAGGAGGAGGCGGAACCGGGGCCGCAGCGUUCGGUCGAGGGCUGGAUCCUGUUCGUGACGGCGAUCCACGAGGAGGCCCAGGAGGACGACAUACAGGAGAAGUUCUGCGAGUUCGGUGACAUCAAGAACAUCCACCUGAACCUGGACCGCCGGACCGGCUUCCUCAAGGGGUACGCGCUGGUCGAGUACGAAACGUACAAGCAGGCGCUGGCGGCGAAGGAAGCGCUGAACGGGUCGGAGGUGCUCGGCCAGACGAUUGCCGUCGACUGGUGCUUCGUCAAGGGGCCAAAGAAGCUGAAGAAAUCGUCCGACCGUCGCCGGCGAUAAAUCUAGGAAUUUAUCCGCGCUAUCGCAUAAGUAGGUAACAAACACAUUAAUAUGCAAAAGGGAGAGAGGAGGACACAACGCGAGCACGAGUACGUGCUGCACAUUCAGGAAGAAGGGGAGGAUCACACACACACGUUUUCUCUUUUUGUGUAGAAAACGGAAAUGUAAAAUUUGAAUGCAAAAUAAAUUAAUCAUCUAAUAUCGGACGGGACACUGUCCAAACUCACGUACACAAAA